CGAAGGAAUCAACAGCCGCCAUCUUGUCGCGGCUCGGAAUCAGGAUUUCGAUAGGGCACUAUUUUUUCUUUUUGGACGCGGUGCACCCAAAACGAGGUUUGGCGACACAUUUCGGCGGAAAAUGACACCUUUGGAUCGCCGCGAAGGAAUUUUGGGCGAAAAAUCCUGGAAUUAAUCGGCGUUCGUCGGCCACGAAACCCUCGUAUAUCUGAUUUCCCCUUCAGAGCGGCGCUUGCGUCCGUAUCUCGCUCCGACCAGUUAUUGUUUACCGGACGCUUUGGGAGGACAGACAGCGCCGAGGGGACUUUUUUGCAAAAAUAUCUCAUUUUUAUGCAAACGUGCAUUCCUUCGCGGAUCCGAACGUUUUUUGCACGGAAAAAAACAGACGUCAGAAAAUGGAUCGCGUGCCGAUGCAAAUCUAACGACGCACGGGCGCGAGGAUUCCUGUGGAUAUUUUUUAAUUCGGAUUUUAUGUCGAAUUCGCAGAAAGGAGGCGUUUUCUCUCGGUAAUAAAACGAUGAUAAUGUGGGUGUUGGGUGUUGGAUUAUCAUGGGGUGAAUGGUGGUGGCGACGCGGGGCGCUGUUGCUGCUUUUUUGAAGAAAUCCUCCGCCGAGCAGCCCCACACUCCCCACAUCUUUCGAAAGUAAGGUAACAUCUGUUUUCUCACGAAAGGAUCCUUCAUAUCCCCCCCUCCCUAAAUAUUCAUCCAGGAGUGAAUCUUUGACCAUCGCCAUGGCUGAAAAUGUGCUCGACGUUGGCCCGCCAAACGCCAAGCGAGCGAAGCUGACAGCACCUGCUCAGGACGCCUCAGACUUGGGCUCACUUUCCUGGGAUGACCUGGAGAAUGAUCUUCCCGACGAGCUGAUUCCUAAUGGAGGGGACCUUGGGCUUAUGCCCAUGCCCUCCAAUGGAGGUUCAACAGGCGCUCAUGGCCCGAUGGUACCAGAUGCUGCUGCCAAGCACAAGCAGCUCUCUGAGCUCCUACGGCCGGGAAGCAGCACCAACCUCAGCUCUGGGUUGAACUCGGCCAGUCCGCAGCCGGGGGGAAUGGGAGCUCAGCUAGGCGGGCUGGGAAAGGCUUCCUUAGGCCAGGGCUCCCCUUCCCAUCCCUCUCAAACACAGAAACCGGGCAGCGCUGCUGGAGCACAGGGAGCUAACGCUGGAUCUACUGGCAUGGGACUCGGCACGGGAUUUAACCAGGCUAUGCUUAACAACGCCCAGCAGCAUGGCAUGAUGGGACAGAACGCAGGCGCUCAGCAGGGUCAGGUGAUGAAUGGAACUCUCGGGUCCGUAGGCCGCGGCCGUGGUACGGCAGGGAUGCAGUAUCAAGGUGGCGGUAUGCAAGUGACACCUUCGGUAGGGGCAGCGGGUGCCGGAGCAGCAGGCAGUGUCCUUGCGGAGACUCUUACGCAAGGGGCACAGCAGAUGGGCAUCAACACCCAGCAGGCUGGCAACAUCAACAAGAUGGGCAUGGCAGGUGGCAAUAGUCAGUUUGGUCAGUACCAAGGUGGAGGGCAACAAAUGGGCACGGCCGGUGUAAAUGCUCAGCUACAGAAUAAAGGCGCCAUGCCCAACAGCUUACCACCUUUCCCCACUGACCUAAAGGGAGCGACAGUCACCAGCAUGCCAAACAUGCCCCAGCAACAACAGGUGUCGGUGGGAAUGGUGGCGGGUCAGGGCGUGUCGACGGGUCCCACGGCCGACCCGGAGAAGCGCAAGCUUAUACAGCAGCAGCUGGUACUGCUGCUCCACGCCCACAAGUGCCAGCGGCGCGAUCAGGCCAACGGCGAGGUGAGAGCUUGCGCGCUGCCACACUGCAGGACCAUGAAGAAUGUCCUCAACCACAUGACACACUGCCAGGCUGGAAAAUCCUGCCAAGUGGCUCACUGUGCUUCAUCGAGGCAGAUCAUCUCUCACUGGAAGAACUGCACGAGGCAUGACUGUCCCGUCUGCCUCCCGCUGAAAAACGCCAGUGACAAGCGCAACCAGCAACCAAUGCUGAGUUCACCCAACGCGGCCCUGCAGACGUCUAUCGGGUCAGUCGGCACAGGCCAGCAGACGACGCCUGCUUUAAACAGCUCCACACCCAUCGACCCCAGCUCCAUGCAGAGGGCGUACGCCGCCCUCGGCCUGCCCUACAGCAACCAAACCCCCACACAAGCCCAGUCUCCUGCACAGACGCAGCCGACUGCGCAGACGCCACAGUCCCAGCACCAGAUGAGACCUCUCAAUGCACUCUGUGGAAGUCAAAUGAACCUUAGCGGAAGUGCAAUCGACCAGGCCAAGCUGCUCUCGGACGGCACAAUGCCAUCCACCCUUAACGCUAACAAUCAGCUGAUGUCAGACGGUCCUGCGGUUGGCAGCAUGAGUAACCUGCCCACAGCGGCCCCACUGUCAGCCACCGGCGUGAGGAAGGCCUGGCACGAGCACGUCACCCAGGACCUCCGAAAUCACCUUGUACACAAACUAGUACAGGCCAUCUUUCCUACGCCGGACCCCGCUGCUCUAAAGGACAGACGUAUGGAGAACCUUGUCGCGUAUGCACGGAAAGUGGAAGGUGAUAUGUACGAGUCAGCUAACAGCAGGGACGAGUACUAUCACUUUCUUGCAGAGAAGAUCUAUAAAAUCCAGAAAGAACUGGAGGAGAAGAGAAGGUCUCGAUUACAGAAACAGAUUAACCAGACACCCAUGGCGGCAGCCGGGCAACAGCAACCGGCCCUCAACCAAGCCAACGUCAUGGGACCUCGGCCACAGAAUGGACCUGUGCCUAUGCCCACUGUGCCAAAUCAGAUGAUCAAUCGCAUGCAGGUGUCACAAGGGAUGAAUCCAUUCAAUGCAAUACCCAAUGUGCCGAUGUCUCAGGCUCCCAGGGCGACGCGUGCCGUUUCUCCAAUAAACCAUCAACAACAGAUCAACAUGAACCCAACGCAGAUGAACAUGUCACCCACGCGAAUGCCCCAGACGCAGGGCAUGCUCGGGAACAUGGUGGCGACGAAUGCAAAUCAGACGCAGUUCAUGGCUCAGACGCAGUUCCCCGCCAACACCAACGCCAUGAACGUCAACAUGGGCCAGCCCAACACGCAACCAGCUGUUUCACAGCAGCAGAACGCUAACCUCCCCCUGAAUGCACUUGGCCCCUUGGGCCCCCAGCUAGGCUGCCCCACGCCCCCUCAGGCUCCACUCCGCGCCACACCGCCCCCCAAUGCCACCGUCGGCACCACUAACCUGCAGCCCAGUCAGGCGUCCACACCCUCCUCCGCUCCCGCUCAGGGCACCCCGCCUCACGCGCAGUCCCAGGCGGAUCUGCCUCUGUCUGCCCAGCAGCACCCUGGAACACCGAGCGGCGAUAACCGCGUGGCCACCCCAGCAUCAACAGCCAGCACUGAGCUGCCCUCCCAGCAUGUUGUGCCUGAUGUGCCUCCCAGCGAUAUGAAAACCGAAGAGCAGGAUUAUGACAUCAAAACCGAGCCCAAGAUGGAGACCGAUGAUGACAAAAGCUCCAUAUUUGUCAAAAAGGAGGAGCAAGAGGGGUUGGAGGCCAAACAGGAGCCAAUGGAGACUGAGGACAAGAAGACAGACAUCAAGGCGGAGACCAAAGAGGAAGAUGAAGGAAGGACAAACGGCACAACGUCCUCUUCACCAACGCAGUCUCGAAGAAAAAUCUUUAAGCCAGAAGAGCUGCGACAGGCAUUGAUGCCCACUCUCGAGUCUCUGUACAAGCAGGAUCCAGAGUCUCUGCCUUUCCGGCAGCCUGUGGACCCCAUACUUCUCGGCAUCCCGGACUACUUUGAUAUCGUGAAGAACCCAAUAGAUCUGUCAACUAUCAAGCGAAAACUGGACACCGGUCAGUACCAGGAACCCUGGCAGUACGUAGACGACAUAUGGCUGAUGUUUAACAACGCUUGGCUGUACAACAGGAAAACGUCACGUGUGUACAAAUACUGCUCUAAGCUGGCCGAGGUGUUCGAGCAGGAGAUCGAUCCUGUCAUGCAGGGCCUCGGUUAUUGUUGCGGAAGGAAGUACGAGUUUUCUCCUCAGACGCUGUGCUGCUACGGCAAGCAGUUGUGUACAAUACCCCGAGAUGGCACUUAUUACAGUUAUCAGAACCGGUAUCAUUUUUGCGAGAAGUGCUUCAAUGAGAUUCAAGGAGAUAGCGUGACGCUGGGAGAUGAUCCAGCUCAGCCACAGACCAUGAUCUCUAAAGACCAGUUCGAAAGAAAGAAAAACGACACGUUGGAUCCUGAGCCGUUUGUUGAAUGUAAAGAUUGUGGGCGGAAGAUGCAUCAGAUAUGUGUCCUUCAUUACGAAGUCAUCUGGCCUUCUGGGUUCAUCUGUGAUAAUUGUUUGAAAAAGAGUGGGAAGUCAAGAAAAGAUAACAAGUUUUCAGCUAAAAGGUUGCAGGUGACAAGGUUAGGCACGUACAUAGAAGACCGGGUGAACAAGUAUUUGAAGAGACAAAAUCAUCCGGAAGCUGGAGAAGUGUUCGUGCGAGUAGUAGCCAGUUCAGACAAAACGGUGGAGGUCAAACCUGGCAUGAAGGCCAGGUUUGUAGACACAGGAGAGAUGCCUGAGAGCUUCCCCUACAGAACCAAAGCACUUUUUGCCUUCGAGGAGAUCGACGGAGUGGACGUGUGUUUCUUCGGCAUGCACGUUCAAGAGUACGGCUCGGAAUGCACUUUUCCCAACACCAGACGGGUAUACGUAUCGUACCUCGAUAGUAUUCACUUCUUCAGACCUCGUAUGCUGAGAACAGCAGUCUAUCACGAAAUCCUCAUCGGCUACUUGGAGUAUGUAAAGAAGCUCGGAUACGUUACGGCUCACAUCUGGGCUUGUCCGCCUAGUGAAGGGGAUGACUAUAUCUUCCAUUGUCACCCUGCCGAUCAGAAGAUCCCUAAACCCAAGCGCCUGCAGGAAUGGUACCGCAAAAUGCUUGAAAAGGCCUAUGCGGAGCGGAUACUGCAUGACUAUAAGGACAUCUUCAAGCAAGCCACAGAGGACCGUUUGACAAGUGCAAACGAGCUUCCAUAUUUUGAGGGGGAUUUUUGGCCCAAUGUGCUGGAGGAGAGCAUCAAGGAGUUGGAACAAGAGGAGGAAGAGAGGAAAAAAGAGGAAAACACAGCUGCUUGUGAAACUCCAGAGGGCACACCAGGGGACAGUAAGAACGCAAAGAAGAAGAAUAACAAGAAAACGAAUAAGAAUAAAAGCAGUCUGAGCCGAGCCAUAAAGAAGAAACCUGGCAUGCCGAAUGUAGCCAACGACCUCUCGCAGAAAUUGUAUGCCACGAUGGAGAAACACAAAGAGGUGUUUUUUGUAAUCCAUCUACACUCUGGGCCUAUGGUCAACACACUACUACCCAUCAUUGACCCCGAUCCCCUGCUUUCAUGCGACCUAAUGGACGGACGAGAUGCUUUCCUGACGUUAGCACGGGAUAAGCACUGGGAGUUCAGCUCUCUGCGGCGCUGCAAGUGGAGCACCAUGUGCAUGCUGGUGGAAUUGCACAACCAGGGCCAGGACCGCUUCGUCUACACCUGCAACGAAUGUAAACACCAUGUCGAAACACGGUGGCACUGCACUGUCUGCGAGGACUUUGACCUGUGCAUUAACUGCUACAACACUAAGGGUCACGAGCACCAGAUGGUUAAGUGGGGUCUGGGUCUGGACGAUGACAACAACAGCCAAAGUGGCGAAGCCUCCAAGAGUCCUCAGGAGAGCCGGCGUCUAAGCAUCCAGCGUUGCAUCCAGUCUUUGGUGCACGCCUGCCAGUGUCGCAACGCCAACUGCUCCUUGCCAUCUUGCCAGAAGAUGAAGCGAGUGGUGCAGCACACCAAGGGCUGCAAGCGCAAGACGAAUGGUGGGUGUCCGGUGUGCAAGCAGCUUAUUGCACUCUGCUGCUACCACGCCAAACACUGCCAGGAGAACAAGUGCCCCGUUCCCUUCUGCCUCAAUAUCAAGCACAAGUUGCGUCAACAGCAGCUGCAGCAUAGGCUGCAGCAGGCGCAGAUGAUGCGAAGACGCAUGGCCACUAUGCAGGGCCGAGCCAUGCCUCAGAGCCUACCGUCGCCACCUGCCCCCACGGCCCCGAGUACGCCCACCUCCCAUCAGCAGCCCAACACCCCCCAAACCCCGCAGCCGCUAUCCAGUCAACCAACUACGCCUAAUGCGGCCGUCAUGUCUCCCGCCUAUCCUAAUGCGCCCCGCAACGGUCAACCCCCGACACAGGCCUCACAGGGCAAACCAGGCCCACAGGCUUCCCCGCUCCACCAGCAGCAAUCCCCACUUCCCCAGCCUCCCCAACAGCAGCCGCUUCAACAACCUCCGCAGCAGCAGGGCCCGCCAGCCGCUGCGGUCAGAAUGGCACAGCAUAUAGAGAUGGUUGCGCAGGCUCAGCACAACCAGAACUUCCGCAUGACCAUGAACGGCCUUCCCAUAAACCAUCAGCAACCACGCAUGCCAGGCCCCAUGCAGCUUGUUGGGCCACGUGGCCAGCAGGUCAUGCAGCCCAUGUCGCAAGGACAGUGGGCUGGAGGCCCUCCUGCAGUUCAGCAGCAGGUCGCUCCACAGCAGACCGCACAGGGGUCACCACAGGCCAUGCCUAUGCAGAGACCCAUGAUGCCUCAGCAAGUGCAACAACAACGCAUGAUGGUGCCUACGCAGGGACAACAACCUCGAGCAACCCAGAGACCUGGAGCCAUCCACCCCAAUGCCUUGCAGGACCUGCUACUCACCCUUAAGUCACCUAGCUCACCCCAGCAACAACAGCAGGUCCUAAACAUCCUUAAAUCCAAUCCCCAACUUAUGGCUGCUUUUAUCAAACAAAGGACAGCUAAAUACCAUGCCAACCAGCCGCAGCAGCAACAAGGCAUGCAUGCAGCACAGCCCGCUAUGCAGGGCAUGGCAGCCAUGCAAGGUGUGCCACGGCCUGGCAUGGCCCCUCAACAGCAGCAGCAGCAGCCCACCUCACAGGGCAUGGCAGCUCUCAACGCUCAAAAUCAGCUCAUAAAUCCUGCACACGCCAACAACCCACAGAUCCAGGAGCUGUAUCGCCGGCAGAUUUUGCGGCAGCAGCAACAACAACAGCAGCAGCAGCAGCAGCAGCAGGGAGUGAUGCCACAAUCACACGGACAGUUUCCACAAGCGCAAGGAGCUCCAACCAAUUACUCACAACUUCGUAUGCAGCAAUUGGCCAUGCAGGGUGCUAGCGGGCCCAUGGGCCAGCUGCCCCCCAUGGCCCAGAUGGGUCAAGCCGGGUUGGGUAUUGAUGGCACACCCAACCUCUUGCAUCAACGCAUGCUUCAACAACAGCAGCAGCAACAGGCUGUGCUUAAGCCUCCAAUGAGCUCGCCGACACAACCCAGUUCCAUGAGCCCACAAACUCACAUGCUUUCCGGCCAGCCUUUGCCUAACACGCUCACCAAUCAGGUGUGCUCGCCCGCACCCGUACCGUCACCCAGACCUCCACCACAUUCCAGUCCUUCCCCACAGGUUCAGCCACAGCCGUCACCACAGCAUGCACCUUCUCACACCGGUUCGCCGCACCCUGGCCUGGCAAACCCAUUGCCUGGUUCAAUGGAGCAAGGACACUUGGGUACACCAGAGCAGAGUGCCAUGCUCCCACAGCUUAAUACGCCCAACCGCGGAGGGCUGCCCAGUGAAUUGGGUAUGGUGGGAGAUACAACAGGAGACACCCUGGAAAAAUUUGUGGCGGGAUUGUAGCGUUUCCUGGGAGACUCCACCCACCAUAGUCUCCCCGUUCCUCUUUUUGUGGCUCUGUUGGAUUUUCUCGAAAUAUUCUGUUUUUGUACUGACAUGUAAAGUUUGAAGAAAUGUAAAAAAAAGAAAUUUAAAUCAACAAGGAAUAGAGAAUGUUGAUGUUUCCUAAUACAAAAGACUUAUUUCUUCCUUUUAAGAGGGAUUUGGAAAAAAUGUUGUUUAAAAGAAAUAUAAAUCACAAAGAAUAUAUUUUUGUUCAGUUCCUACCCAUACGUGGUCAAUGUAUUGUUUUAAUGUUUUGGUUUUUGCAUUUUGUUCUCGUUCUGGGUGGGAUCUGGUUUCAUGCCUUUUCUUUUUUUAAGAAAAUUUACAAAACGUGAUAUUAUUCAUACCUUUUAUUUUGUACUUUAUCUAACUUUACAGCAUUUUUCUGUUGGAAAAACUUGUAAAAUAAUUUGUCUGGGAAUUUGGUUCAGGGUGUCGCUGCUCUGUUUGUUAUAUUUCCUGGCGAUUGUAUUCUAGUGUAUAAUUUUUUUCACACAUGCAUUGGGAGGGAUUCAUGCUUUUUCCUCAUUGUGAAAUUUGUACGAGGAGAACUAUUUGUUCGUGUCGAUAGGAACUGUGCGUACGCAUGUAUGCAGACAGACCCACAUGCAUCGUUCAAUACAAUACCGACUCCGAGAGGACAUGUACACAUUCACAAUGGCAUCUCACUGGCCUGAAUCAAGAGGUUCUGUCUUGCAGAUGUAGAAAAUUGUUGCUUUUUGUCCUGAUUUUGUCAUACAGAUAUAUAAAUAUAAAGAAAGUAAGAGAGAGGGAGAGGAAGAAAGGGACCCCUAAGCUGAGUGGGAGGGAAUGGGUUAAUGCUGGUUGACUGCUUGUGAGAUCUGCGACCUUCAGUCCUCUCACACACACUUGAACAGGGGCUCCACUUCUUCCUUUAAUGUAAAUCAUGCAAGUUAUUAAUCAAAAUACUAUAAAUAUAAGGAAGAGAGAAUGGAAUCACUGUAUAAACUGGUUGAAAAAAGUUAUUUCUUACUUAUAUACCAUAUUGUUUAAUAAACUGUGUGCUACAGAUCAAA